AUGAACGGACCACGAAAAUUAAAGUGUCUGAGUAUAGGGGAAAAGUUUAAUUUGAUUAAGGAACUUGAAAAAGGGCAAUUAUCUAAAAAAGAAGUAGCAAAGAAAUUUGAUAUAAAACCAAGUACAUUAUCCGGCAUUCUGAAAAAUAAAGAGGAUGUAUUAAAAGCUUUUGAGACCGAGAGCCCCAGUCGUAAACGCAAGAGAGGUGCGGAAUACGAUGAUAUUGAAGAGGCUUUGAUCGUAUGGUUCGAGCAAGCUCGACAGAAUAACAUCCCGAUUUCUGGACCUAUCAUCCAAGAAAAGGCAUUGUCAUACGCAAAACUUUUCAACAAUCAUCAGUUUCAGGCUAGUGAUGGUUGGCUUCAUAAUUUCAAAAAAAGACAUGGAAUUGCCUUCCGAAAGCUUUGCGGUGAAAGUGCUGAUGUAAGCAAUGAUAUUUGUGAUGAAUGGAAAUCAAAGUUAUCAACAAUAACAUCGGCGUACAAGUCCGACGAGAUUUAUAACGCAGAUGAAACGGCUCUCUUCUUCAAAUGUCUACCUGAUAAAACACUGGCAUUUAAAAAAGAAACUUGUCACGGUGGAAAAAAUAACAAGCAGAGAAUUACAUUAUUAUUAGCAGUGAAUUCGACUGGUACUGAUAAAUUAACACCUUUCGUUAUCGGCCGAUCUGCUAAGCCUAGAUGUUUAAAAGGAAUAAAAAAUUUGCCAGUAGAAUAUCAUGCAAAUCAAAAGGCGUGGAUGAAUUCAAUGCUUAUCUCUCAGUGGUUGAUAAACUUAAAUAAAAAAAUGAAGCUCGCCAAGCGCAAUAUCCUCCUGUUCAUCGAUAACUGCAGUGCCCAUAAAAUUAUUCCUGAACUGAGUAAUAUAAAAAUUCAAUUUUUGCCAGCAAACACAACAUUUAUUCUCCAACCUUUAGAUCAAGGAAUUAUAAAGAAUUUUAAGUCAUUUUACCGUAAGGAAAUCAUCAAUCAAAUCCUCUUAGAUAUUGAAUCCGACGGAAAACCGACAACAUCAAUAUACUUCACGCCAUCAGGAUGA